ACUACACAACAAUCAUAUUGCUGACGUAUAUAUACACAAUUCCUGCUGUUACAACAAUGGCCGCUUCCUCUUCUUCUUUCGUAGCCGUACUCACUUUGGCUUUCUUUUUGGCCUUUUCUGGGAGCGUCAAUGCUCAACUUUCCACUAAUUACUAUUCGAAAUCUUGUCCAAAGCUCUUUUCCACUGUGAAAUCCACCGUGCAAUCCGCAAUAUCAAAGGAAGCCCGCAUGGGGGCUUCUCUCCUCCGCUUGUUUUUCCACGACUGCUUUGUCAAUGGAUGUGACGGCUCCAUUCUCCUGGAUGACACAUCCAACUUCAUUGGUGAGAAGAAUGCAGCUCCCAAUCGGAACUCUGCCAGAGGAUUCGAUGUCAUUGACAAUAUCAAGUCGGCAGUGGAGAAUGUGUGUCCGGGUGUGGUCUCAUGUGCUGAUAUAGUUGCUAUUGCCGCUCGAGAUUCCGCUGUCACCCUUGGAGGACCCAAUUGGAAUGUGAAACUUGGAAGAAGAGACGCUAGGACUGCAAGCCAAGCUGCAGCCAAUACCAGCAUUCCACCACCAACUUCUAACCUAAACCAACUCGUCUCUAGCUUUAGUAAAGUGGGGCUUUCCACUCGGGACAUGGUUGCUCUAUCUGGGGCCCACACAAUUGGCCAAGCCAGGUGCACAAGCUUCAGAGCUCGCAUAUACAAUGAGACCAACAUCGACAGCUCGUUUGCUCAAACAAGACGAUCAAAUUGUCCGAGGACGACCGGGUCAGGGGACAACAAUUUGGCACCUCUUGAUAUUCAAACCCCCACAGGCUUCGACAAUAACUACUACAAGAACCUCCUCCAAAAGAAAGGACUUCUCCACUCCGACCAACAAUUGUUCAAUGGUGGUUCCACCGACUCGAUAGUGCGUAGCUACAGCAAUAGUCAGACUAAUUUCAAUUCUGAUUUUGUGGCUGCAAUCAUCAAGAUGGGAGAUAACAAACCACUCACUGGAUCACAGGGAGAGAUUAGAAAGAACUGUAGGAAAAGAAACUAAGAGUUUUUUUUUUUUUUUUUAAAUUAUCGUUGGAUUCAGAAUAAACUGUCUAGCAGUUUUGCUUUAAGCAUAUAUUAUGUGCUAUAUUGUGAUCAGGGGCGGAACUAUGUACUCACACGCCUUCGGUCCAUAUAUAGCCUCCUGAAUUUUUCAAGUUGUCUUUAAAUUUUAUACUUUUUAUAAUAUGAACCCUUUAAAAUUAGUUUUUGCUUCU